CGAUUAUAUAUAUAUUCCUAGGACUACUGCCUAAGCGUAUGCGUCUGAGCGAUCUGAAAACACAAAGAGGUCGCGGUGGAGGCUAGUGCUAGGAGUAGGCUUGGAGUUGUAAAAUGCAUCGAACCCUCUUACGGCAAACCCCAUGACGAAUGAGAUGGCUAUGCCACUCAUGUAGGUAAAGGUCUUCAUGAGGCCCAAGAUGCGGAUAUGGGCAGAGGGGUCUAGCACUCCCACGACAAAGAGAGGGUCGAUGACCAAGUACGGGGUGUUCAGGACAAACAAAAACAGCACAAUCCACGACACUGCUUUGGGGAGCCCUGUGAAUUGCAGUCGAUGCCGGCGAAGUUUGAGCCAGAGGGCGACCAGGGCGGGGUACCCCACGGCAACGCACCGCAAACUCCAUGUGAACCACGAGAGUCUGGCUAGCACGACGCCCGCCACCGGUUCGGCUUCGGUGGCAUCGACGACGUCCAACCCAGUGACUGUAGCGCCGCUGCGAUCGAGCACGACCAACGACACGAGAAACAUCAUCGAGAGGACACCAAUCACCGACAUGUAUGCAACAAGACACACACGAUGGCUCCGCUCGGUGGUCCGCGGCGUCAAGGCGCGCCGCUGGCACUCGUAGGCGGCGGCGAUGAGCCACAUCGAAAUCGCGUUGAAGAACGUCUCGGUGAGGAAUGUCAUGUGCCGAAUGGUGUCGUGCUCGAGGGUGUCGAGGCUGUUGUUGAGAAAGACGACGACGGUCCGCACGAGGGUGGUGG